UCACCACGCGCCCCACUGAGAGCGAACCGCAUUAUAGCGACCACGAGGAGGUUACCCCAUGUGACUCAACCCUCCCUAGCAACCGGGCCAAUUUGGUUGCUUAGGAGACCUGACUGGAGUCACUCAGCACACCCUGGAUUCGAACUCGUGACUCCAGGUGUGAUAGAUAAUUAUUUAUAUUUUAGAGCUGUCGGGACGGAUUUCGUGGGAAAUUGCAUACAUACGUCAUUCGCCCGUGCGUGUUCACGUCAUAUCCGUACGCAGAGAAAAUGAGAUCGGGCUACUAUAGCGCGUGUAUGGUGUGGGAGUUGCGUGAAGCUAAAAGUUUGUUGUCACAAUGAACGAGAAAAAUUGACCAGGGAUCAUUUAAAAUGGCAAACCAGAGUCACCGGUUGUAAAAACAAAGAAACCCCGAACAGAGCCGAGUCUACAAGCAAAAAGGGGAGGUGACAGAGUCCGUAAUAAAACCCGAAUCAACAUCAGCUUGGCUUUUCAGAGGUGGCGACAACUCUGAGAUCUGAAAGGAUUUAAAAGCGACCCAGAGAUGGCUUUUUACUUACUCAACAGCAGAACUGUUUCCUUCUGUAAAGAGCAAACCGAUGGAGGAGACGAUGAUGUCACCAGCACGCCAGGACGAGGGACAACACGCCACGCCCGGCAAAACUUUCUCAGGCAGUGGUGGUAAAACGGCUUCAUCCUCCUCCUCCUCCUCCUCCUCCUCCUCUCUCUCUUCUCCAUCUUCAGCGUCUAGCAGAGCUAAAAUGAGUGUGUGUGGGCCGGGCAGUAAGACGGCUUCCUCUUCCUCCUCUUCAUCUCUCUCAUCCUCUUCUUGCACAUCCCAUUCUACAGCCAACUCUCCACCUAAAGUCCACCGCGCUCGCAAGACCAUGACCCCUCGACCCCCAUUUGCACAGAUGAAGUCUACUGAGUCUAUGAUUGCAGCAGCUACACCUGAGAAACCCAACAAUAGCAGUAAAACAGACUCUGAAACAGCUGUGAAGAAGCGUAAAGUGGCGUUGGACUCUGAUGGUGUGGCGCCCCCUGCAGGAACUCCAGAGAAAGUUCCCAGACCUUCAACAGAUGCUCCACUGAUUGUGUCCCCAGUGAUGGAGAAGGUGGAGGCAGUUGCCAUGACGACUAAAGAGAAUUCUGGUGGUUGGCUGGAGGAUCUUGAUGACGAGGCAGAUGAAGAAGACUUUCACCUGCUCUACAACACGUAUUCUGGAGACGAUGUCAUUUAUUCUGACAGCAAGUCAGAGGAUGGGACGGUGGAAGAGCCGCUGGAUGCAGAGCAUCUGUCUGAUCAUAGCUCUGAGUCUGAUCAGUCUUUAGCUGUGCUGAAGAAAGCCGGAGGACAGAGAGACGAGUCGCCAUGGAAACGUCAGGGAAAGGGUAAAGCAAGAGACAGACACCCUGCCGGAGACAUGGAGACAAAUAAAGGUGUGGAUUCUGCAGGCGCAGUGACUGCAGCAGCUGCAGUGGACGACACUGACUACACUGAAGUUCCACUGGAUUCUCUAGAUAUCUCAGCAGCCGACAGCAUCUCACUGUCUCCACAUGCAGAUGGUAGUGAUGCAGAAACUGAGCGGUUGGAGGAACUUCCUCUGUGUAGCUGUCGAAUGGAAGCUCCUCGCGUGGAUGGAUUCAGUUCCCGCUCAAAUCGAAAUUGCAUGGCCAUAGACAGCAUCAACGGAGAGUUGGUGGGCUGUACCAAUGUGAUUGUGAAGGGGGAGACGAUGCGUCCCUCGAGCCGCGUGUCUCUGAUGGUGCUGUGCGAGACGCAUCGCUCACACAUGGUCAAACAUCACUGCUGUCCGGGCUGCGGAUACUUCUGCCUCUCUGGAACGUUUCUUGAAUGUUGUCCGGACAUCCGUAUUGCUCAUCGGUUCCACCGUGGCUGUGUGUCUGUGCUGGGUGGUAGGCGGAGUCGAGGAGGAGUGGGCGUCGGCUUGCUGUUCUGCCCUCACUGCGGUGAGGACGCUUCAGAAGCCCGAGAGGUCACCAUCCCACCUGCAGCGCCAUCAUCAGGCAGUAAUGUCAUCACGGCGAGCGCGUCAUCCACCACGGCCACACCCUCUCUGCUUCCCUCCGCUCUCGCUGUGACAUCACGGGUGCUAAACAAUGAAAGGAGGACGGGAGAGCCAAUCAAUGCCAGGAUGCGUUGCCGUGGAGAUGUCCGAAAGGGGGCGGAUUUACAGCCUCAACCGCCCAAUGCCAUUCCAGGAGGCGCAGAGGAUGCGGUCAACCUGGGCGAUGGCGGUGUGGACAGCGUCGGACCCUCGCUCACCCUGCCUAACGGGAAGCCGAUCUGCCCCAGUGCACUUCCUCCUGGAGACAGAAGGGCGGCGCUACAGAGAGCCAUUCUCACACAGGACACAGAGAGGAGGAAGAAGUUGCGGUUUCACCCCCGUCAGUUGUAUCCUGCAGCCAAACAGGGUGAAGUUCAGCGAGUUCUGCUCAUGCUCAUGGAGGGAAUUGACCCGUCAUAUCAGUCGGACUCUCAGAAUAGACGCAGCGCUCUCCACGCGGCUGCUCAGAGGGGUUUACUGGAGAUCUGUUACCUGCUCGUACAGGCAGGCGCAAAAGUGGACACCCAAGAUAAAAUGCUGAGGACCCCUCUGUUAGAGGCCAUAGUGAACAAUCAUGUGGACGUGGUGAAAUACCUGAUCCAGAGCGGAGCUUGUGUCUAUCAUGUAGAGGAGGACGGCUCUACUGGUCUUCAUCAUGCUGCUAAACUGGGUAAUCUUGAGGUGGUCACUCUGUUACUGAGCACUGGACAGGUGGAUUUAAACGCACAGGACAGUGGUGGUUGGACGCCCGUCAUCUGGGCAGCAGAACACAGACACAUAGACGUCAUUAGAGCGCUGCUCAACCGAGGAGCAGACGUCACAAUUCGAGACAAAGAGAUGAACGUUUGUCUGCAUUGGGCGUCGUUCGCAGGCAGCGCUGAGAUUGCAGAGCUGGUUUUGAACGCCGGCUGUCCGCUUUCAUCUGUGAACCUGCAUGGAGACACACCGCUGCACAUCGCCGCACGAGAGGGCUACAUCGACUGCGUCACGCUGUUUCUCUCUCGGGGUGCCGAUAUUGACAUUAUGAAUAAAGAGGGUGACACGCCGCUCUCUCUCGCCCGCUCUGACACGCCUGCUUGGGUGGCACUCCAGAUAAACAGGAAGUUGCGUAGGGGAAUAUCCAAUCGCGUCGUACGAACUGAGCGGAUCAUUUGCAGUGACGUGGCACAAGGAUACGAGAAUAUUCCGAUCCCGUGUGUUAACGGCGUGGAUGAUGAAGGCUGUCCGUCCGACUACAAAUACAUUGCAGAGAACUGUGAAACGUCUGCGAUGAACAUCGACCGCAACAUCACACACCUGCAGCACUGUAGCUGUACGGACGACUGUUCCUCCAGUAACUGUCUCUGUGGACAGCUCAGCAUCCGCUGCUGGUAUGAUAAGGACCAUCGACUUCUUCAGGAGUUUAAUAAGAUCGAGCCUCCACUGAUCUUCGAGUGCAACAUGGCCUGUUCCUGUCACAAAACCUGCAAGAAUCGAGUGGUGCAAGCUGGAAUCAAGGUGCGUCUGCAGCUGUAUCGUACAGAGAAGAUGGGUUGGGGCGUCAGAGCUCUUCAAGAUAUUCCACAAGGAAGUUUCAUCUGCGAGUAUGUUGGUGAGCUGAUCUCUGACGCAGAAGCAGAUGUGAGAGAAGACGACUCAUACCUCUUUGACCUUGAUAACAAGGACGGUGAGGUGUACUGUAUUGAUGCACGUUACUAUGGCAACAUCAGUCGCUUUAUAAACCACCUCUGUGACCCGAACAUCAUCCCGGUGCGUGUGUUCAUGCUGCAUCAGGACCUGCGAUUUCCUCGCAUCGCAUUCUUCAGCUCCAGGGACAUUUUUACAGGACAGGAACUCGGGUUUGAUUACGGCGAUCGCUUCUGGGAUAUCAAGAGCAAGUACUUCACCUGUCAGUGCGGUUCAGAGAAAUGUAAACACUCGGCGGAGGCCAUCGCGCUGGAGCAGAGCAGACUGGCACGCCUGGAAAACUGUCCGGAAUCAGCCAGUGAACCUGGACUUCCUGUGUUAGCACAAACAUGAUGUGAACAUGACAGUGAAGAGCUUUGUGUUUGUUUGUAUGACAAAUACACACUUAUACAGCUCACAUAUUUGGAGACACUUGCUUUCUCAGAGGUGUUUAAAUUUGAUAUGAAGGUAAAGGUUGUGUUUUUGGCUUCGAAUGAUUCGUUUCUAUCAGCUGAUCUGGAAAGUGGAAAUGAUACAUUUGGUGCACGCAAAUCCCCUUUUUAAAAUGCCACCAGGAAGUCGUAUUCAAAUUCAAACAGUAUGGAAUUCUGUCAGAAUCGUAAGUGAAAACAUUAUACAAACUGAUCACAAAUACUGUCCCUGUUGGCAUUCCAUAAAAAAACAUUCACUUUUGUUGAUUUGCUUUUUUAUAAGUGUAUUUUGUUUUAAUAAAUACUAUUUGAUACAGAAA